AUCACAUGCCCGUAGAUGGCAAGGUAAGCUCAAUUCCUUGUAUUGCCCCCUUGUAUUCACACACGCAUACUCACCCGCACUCUUCCCCAGACUGUCCUCUUGACCGGCGCCUCCGAGGGCAUGGGCCGCAGCGUCGCCCUCCAACUCGCUGCAAAGGGCGCGAAUCUCAUCCUCAUCGCCCGUAACGCCGCCCGCCUUCAAGAGCUCCUCGCCGAGUGCAAGGCCGCCGCCAAGAACCCGUCCACCCAGCGUUUCACCUACAUCACCGCCGACAUCACAAAGGAAGACUACGCCACGCCCCUUCUCGCCGAGGCCUCCGCCUGGAAUGGUGGCCGCAGCCCGGACGUUGUCUGGUGCAUCGCCGGCAUGGCCUCCACCGGCUUCUUCACCGAAGUGCCCUUCUCCGAGACCCGCAGGAACAUGGACGUCAACUUCUAUGGCACCGCCGAGAUGGCCCACGCCAUCCUCCGCGUCUGGCUCGCCCCCGAGGCCCCCGUUGAGGCCGAGCCGCGACACCUCAUCAUGACCACCAGCGUCGUCGCCUUCUUCACCGUCGCGGGUUACGCCCCCUACGCCGGCUCCAAGUGGGCCAUUCGCGGCCUGGCCGACACCCUCUCGCAGGAAGUCGAGCUCUACCCGCAAAACGUCAAGGUCCACGUCGUCUUCCCCGGGACCAUCACGAGCCCCGGCCUGGAGAAGGAGAACUUGACCAAGCCCCAGAUCACGCACCAGCUCGAGGAGCUCGACCCCGUCCAGUCGCCCGACGAGGUUGCCAGGGCCGCCAUCAAGGGACUCGAGCGCGGGGAUUACUUUGUCACGGUGGCGUGGCUGGGCAGCUUGAUGAGGUGGAGCGGUCUCGGCGGUUCCCUGCGCAACAACUGGGUUGUCGACACGCUGGGCAUCUGCCUCUCAUCCUUGGUUUGGAUCUUUAUCUUGCCCGACAUGUUGCGACAGAUUAGGAAUUACGGCAAGAAGCACGGGCAUCCUGCGACUUAUGCCAAGCCCCAGCCGAAGCCAAGUUCAUGAGAGCGCGACAUUUGAGCUAAGACAAUGAAACAUAAUUGAUACCCCAUAAUGUUUAUUAUUGACAACUCUAGUACCUCAACUUUGAGGUUGCCAUGUUUCCCAGAUACUCUAUAACAAGGAGUUGAUGAUUGACCA